AUGGAUAUUGAAUCAUAUUUUGAAAGAAUUGGUUAUAAGAACUCUGGGAAGAAACUGGACUUGGAGACAUUAACAGAAAUUCUUCAACAUCAGAUCCGAGCCAUUCCCUAUGAAAAUCUGCACAUGCAUUGUGGAGAGUCUAUGGAUAUGGCCUUGGAAGCCAUUUUUGAUCAAAUUGUGAACAGGAAGCGCGGUGGGUGGUGUUUCCAGCUUAAUCAGCUUCUCUGCUGGGUUCUAACCACAAUGGGUUUUGAGACCACAAUGUUGGGAGGAUAUGUUUACAUUCCUCCAGCCAAAAAGUAUGGCAGUGACAUGACUCACCUUCUACUACGGGUAAGCAUCAAUGGCAAGGAUUACAUUGUUGAUGCAGGAUUUGGAAGUUCCUACCAGAUAUGGGAGCCCUUGGAAUUAAUUUCUGGAAAGGAUCAGCCUCAAGUGCCUUCUGUUUUUCAAUUGACAGAAGAAAAGGGCAUCUGGUACCUGGAUCAAAUCAGAAGAGAACAGUAUGUUCCAGACCAAGAAUUUAUGAAUUCUGAAAUCCUUGAGAAGAAUAAAUAUAGAAAAGUCUUCUCCUUUACUCUUGAGCCUCGAAAAAUUGAAGAUUUUAAGUCUGCAAGUAUGUACCUUCAGACAUCUCCAACAUCUCUGUUCGUAAACACAACAUACUGUACUGUGCAGACCGCAGAUGGGACUUACUGCUUAAUGGGAUUCCUCCUGGCCCAUCGGAAAUUCAGCUACAAGGACAAUGUGGAUCUGGUAGAGUUUAAGACUUUGAAAGAGGAAGAAAUAGAAGAAGUACUGAAAACCAUAUUUGGUAUUUCCUUGGAAAUAAAGUAUGUGCCCAAACAUGGUGAUAAAUUUUUUACUAUUUAG